AGCAGGAAAGACUUAGACCAAAACUUACACAAUGGAUUUCUGCACACUGGCGCUGUUUGCAUUCGUUUCCACGUUUUCCAACGUUUUGGCGCUGUCACCCAAAGGCGUGUGUCUCCUUCAAGUGGACGAGGGACCUUGCAGGGGAGAAAUCGAGCGCUAUUACUACAACACCAUCACUCAGAAGUGCGAGAUUUUCUACUAUGGAGGCUGCCAAGGGAAUGCCAAUAACUUCAAGAGUUAUCAGGAGUGCCAGAAGACAUGUUUCAGAAUCCCAAAGAUUCCCCAAAUCUGCAGGUUUCCCAAAGAGGAGGGUCCCUGCCGUGCCCUCUUCCCCCGCUACUUCUUCAACAUGACCACCAUGCAGUGUGAGCCCUUUUACUACGGAGGCUGCCAGGGGAACUCCAACCGCUUCCAAGACCUCACCUCUUGCAUGGAGUACUGCAGUCCGCAAAAAACUGUUCCCGUGCUCUGUCUGGACCCUCUGGACAAAGGGAAGUGUUCGGCCUCCAUAACUCGCUACUACUACAACAAAGCCACCAAGAUGUGCGAGGAGUUCGUCUACUCGGGCUGCGGGGGGAGCAGCAACAACUUUGUGUCGCGGCAGAGCUGCAUGGACGUGUGUGUCAAAGGAGCGAAAAAGCAGACGGGCCAAGGAAAAGGUCGGCGCAUGAGACGCAAUCGACACAAUCACAUCACGUUCUUGCAGGCGUAGACGUCCGACGCUCCUUCUCAGGAAUUCUCAUGUAGACAAGUCCUCAGUGGAAAACUAACGUGUUUGUUUAUGCUAAAAAUGUUGACCGGGCUGUAUUUGUAAGGCCUUAUGAGCAACUUCUCAAAUGUGACUUUUGCUGUAUGCUGUGGAUGAAGUUUGUUACUACUGCACUAAUGUUCCCGAUUUUGAUACCGUAUGUGUGUUUUGUAUAAGUAAUACAUGAUUAUAGAGAACUUUAUUAUUUUCUCAGCUACAUUUUUUUUUUUUUUUUGGAACAAAAUAUACAGAAUUUGUUGAAGAAUUCUGCCUUUCCUGUACUUUGACGCUGCUGUUUUAAGCAAAUGACUGUAUUUGUGUGCUAUUUUAAUAAUUAACAAACUCAAAAUGU